GUCGGGGCGGGGGCGAGGUUCAGGCCAGUUGUGCCGUUGCGAGGCUGCUGCUGCGAUCGCUGCGGCGAACCUAGGUGUAAUUGAAAAGUGACCCUCUCUUCAGAGAUGUCAAAAACAAACAAAUCCAAGUCUGGAUCUCGCUCUUCUCGCUCAAGAUCUGCAUCAAGAUCUCGUUCUCGUUCAUUUUCCAAGUCUCGGUCCCGAAGCCGAUCUGUCUCUCGUUCAAGGAAGCGAAGGCUGAGUUCUAGGUCUCGGUCCAGAUCAUAUUCUCCAGCUCAUAACAGAGAAAGAAAUCACCCAAGAGUAUAUCAGAAUCGGGAUUUCAGAGGUCACAACAGAGGCUAUAGAAGGCCCUAUUAUUUCCGUGGGCGCAACAGAGGCUUUUAUCCAUGGGGCCAAUAUAACCGAGGAGGCUAUGGAAAUUACCGCUCAAAUUGGCAGAAUUACCGGCAAGCAUACAGUCCUCGGCGGGGUCGUUCGAGAUCACGGUCCCCAAAGAGAAGAUCUCCAUCACCAAGGUCCAGGAGCCAUUCUAGAAACUCCGAUAAGUCUUCUUCUGAUAGGUCAAGGCGUUCCUCAUCCUCUCGUUCUUCCUCUAACCACAGUCGAGUUGAAUCUUCUAAGCGCAAGUCUGCAAAGGAGAAAAAGUCCUCUUCGAAGGAUAGCCGGCCAUCUCAGGCUGCUGGGGAUAACCAGGGAGAUGAGGCCAAGGAGCAGACAUUCUCUGGAGGAACCUCUCAAGAUACAAAAGCAUCUGAGAGUUCGAAGCCAUGGCCAGAUGCCACCACCUACAGUGCCGGCUCUGCAUCACGGGGCUCAGCAGUAUCUGAUCUGAGUCCUCGGGAGCGAAGUCCAGCUCUCAAAAGCCCCCUCCAGUCUGUGGUGGUGAGGCGGCGGUCACCCCGUCCUAGCCCUGUGCCAAAACCUAGUCCUCCACUUUCCAACACAUCGCAGAUGGGCUCAACUCUGCCGAGUGGUGGGUAUCAGUCUGGGACACACCAGGGUCAGUUUGACCAUGGUUCUGGGUCCUUGAGUCCAUCCAAAAAGAGCCCUGUGGGUAAGAGUCCACCAGCCACUGGCUCCACAUACGGCUCAUCUCAGAAGGAGGAGAAUGCUGCUUCAGGAGGAGCAGCCUAUACAAAGAGGUAUAUGGAAGAGCAGAAGACAGAGAAUGGAAAAGAUAAGGAACAGAAACAAACAAAUACUGAUAAAGAGAAAAUGAAAGAGAAAGGGAGCUUCUCUGAUACAGGCUUGGGUGAUGCAAAGAUGAAAUCCGACCCAUUUGCUCCCAAAGCUGAUUCUGAGAAGCCUUUUCGGGGCAGUCAGUCUCCCAAAAGAUAUAAGCUCCGAGAUGACUUUGAGAAGAAGAUGUCUGACUUCCACAAGGAGGAGAUGGAUGAUCAAGAUAAAGACAAAGCUAAAGGAAGGAAGGAGUCUGAGUUUGAUGAUGAACCCAAAUUUAUGUCUAAAGUCAUAGCAGGUGCAAACAAAAAUCAGGAUGAGGAGAAGUCAGGCAAAUGGGAGGGCCUGGUGUAUGCACCUUCAGGGAAGGAGAAGCAAAGGAAAACAGAGGAGCUGGAGGAGGAGUCUUUCGGAGAGAGAUCCAAAAAGGAGGAUCGGGGAGGGACCAAGAGAACCGAAAGUGGGCACAGGGGGUUUGUGCCCGAAAAGAAUUUCCGAGUAACUGCUUACAAAGCAGUCCAGGAGAAAAGCUCAUCACCUCCCUCGAGAAAGACCUCUGAGAGCCGAGACAAGCUGGGAGCCAAAGGAGACUUUUCCUCAGGGAAGUCUUCCUUUUCCAUUACUCGAGAGGCCCAGGUCAAUGUCCGGAUGGACUCUUUUGAUGAGGACCUUGCACGACCCAGUGGCUUAUUGGCUCAGGAACGCAAACUUUGUCGGGAUCUAGUCCAUAGCAACAAAAAGGAACAGGAAUUUCGUUCCAUUUUCCAGCACAUACAGUCAGCUCAGUCUCAGCGUAGCCCCUCAGAACUGUUUGCUCAGCAUAUAGUGACCAUUGUUCAUCACGUUAAAGAGCAUCACUUUGGGUCCUCAGGAAUGACGUUGCAUGAACGCUUUACUAAAUACCUAAAGAGAGGAACUGAGCAGGAGGCAGCUAAAAACAAGAAAAGCCCAGAGAUACACAGGAGGAUAGACAUUUCCCCCAGUACAUUCAGAAAACAUGGUUUGGCUCAUGAUGAAAUGAAAAGUCCCCGGGAACCUGGCUACAAGGCUGAGGGAAAAUACAAAGAUGAUCCUGUUGAUCUCCGCCUUGAUAUUGAACGUCGUAAAAAACAUAAGGAGAGAGAUCUUAAACGAGGUAAAUCAAGAGAAUCAGUGGAUUCCCGAGACUCAAGCCACUCGAGGGAAAGAUCAGCUGAGAAAACAGAGAAAACUCAUAAAGGAUCAAAGAAGCAGAAGAAGCACCGGAGAGCACGAGACCGGUCCAGGUCAUCCUCCUCUUCCUCCCAGUCCUCUCACUCCUACAAAGCAGAAGAGUACACUGAGGAGACAGAGGAAAGAGAGGAGAGCACCACAGGCUUUGACAAAUCGAGACUGGGGACCAAAGACUUCGUGGGUCCAAGUGAAAGAGGAGGCGGCAGGGCUCGAGGAAACUUUUUUCGAGCCAGAGGGAGAGGCUGGGGCAGAGGUAACUACUCUGGUAACAAUAACAACAACAGCAACAAUGAUUUUCAAAAGCGAAACCGGGAAGAAGAGUGGGACCCAGAGUACACACCCAAAAGCAAGAAGUAUUACUUGCAUGAUGACCGUGAAGGCGAAGGCAGUGACAAGUGGGUGAGCCGUGGCCGUGGCCGAGGAGCCUUUCCCCGGGGUCGAGGCCGGUUCAUGUUCCGGAAAUCCAGUACCAGCCCCAAAUGGGCCCAUGACAAAUUCAGUGGGGAGGAAGGAGAGAUUGAAGACGACGAGAGUGGGACAGAGAACCGAGAAGAGAAGGACAAUUUACAGCCCACAACUGAGUAGGGGCCACUCUGGACACGAUCCCUGGCCCAGGGGAGAGAGGCGCUGGGAAGAUGGCUGGUUGAGGAGCUAGACAGGAGCCUCAAGAAGAUUCUGAAAGUCCCACCCCCACCUCCUACUAGCCAUGCAGAAUCCUACUACAGCAGAAAGUAUCCCUGGCGCUGUGUCCCACUGGACAGAGGAGGCUGGCCAUGGAGCCUGGGGUCAGGCCCAGCUCUUGAGCAGAACACAACACAUUGGGCUCUAGCUGUGUUUCUCAUUUAUUGUUGGUGUGAGGGGUGGGGGCAGGGGUAGGGAGGGAGAGUGAUGUUUGGAUUUUGGUUUAUUCCCUAUUAGAAACCAACAGUUUUGUUCUUAAUUUCAUUUCAUUUGGAGCUAAGAGGACUAAUUUGAUGGUUUUCAAUCUCUUCUUCCCUGUCCUGAUUUUAAAAGCCCUUCUUUUUUUUUUUUUUCUUUUCUUUUUUUAGGCAUAUGUAGUAAUAUUAGAAAGAUUUAAUUUGGGCAACUUUGAUUCUUAAAAGAGAAAACAAAGCAUGUGAAUAAACGUUGAAGCGUUCACCUCAGUUUGGGACCAAACUGCUUGGAUCUUUGUAAAAACCGGUUUUGUAUGUCAAGGAGGAGUUUAAGGCCUUUCUGACCACCUUGUGUUCCCCUUUUCCGUGCAGCCAUGUAUCACGUGGAGUUGCUCCUAGCCGCAUCCUACAUGUCCAUAUGCCCGUGUUUUCUGAUUUCUUCUGGGCUGGGCUUUCCAUUCUCCACCAGCAGCUCCAGCAUCCCAAACUUUCUAGUCAUGCUGAUCCUCUCAGCAGCAGGGGUGGAAACUGGAGGGCAGUUUCUGGUCUGUUUUCUAAGAAACUUAUGAAUUCUAUUAUCUUUACAAAUAUAAGAUGAGAAAAUAAUUUUUUCAAUAUUUUUUAUUAAUCUUUUUAUAAAAUGAAAAGAAACUCCUAUGAUCGAUUAAGGAAGGUGGUUAUGGCUGGGUGGUUCAUGGGGUUCUUUGGGAUUUUUUUUCUUUUUUUUUUUUUUCCUUUUUAACCUUAAGCUUUAAGUUGAAACAUUCUCAGAUGUUUUGGGGGGGAAACAUCCUCUUAAAAUGGGUUCUUGUGCUUGCCUUCUGGGGAGGCGGUCCGGAGCGGGUGGAUCAUAGGCAUUUAUGCAUAUGUUAUAUGCGGACUGCACCCAUCUCUCCCCCAGCCUUUGCCUCUUGGGUUGUUGUGCUUCUUUCCCCUUACUUUGCUACAUUUCUAUAGUUAAGUUGGUUUUUCUUGAAUGAUUCAUGUUUAGGGGAAAAAAAUGAAAAUCUCCCUUAAAAUUUGUUUCAACUCCUCCUGCAAAUAAAAAAAAUAAAUGAAGUGGCAGAUGUAAA